CAAAAAAAAAAAAAAAAAAGCAUUGUUGCGUUACAGGGUUACAGCUCAUGGCGUCCACCGUUGGCAUCAAAUUUUUUUUUCCCUUUUUGGUUUAAGUCAAUUAAUAAUAUCUUUGUUCCUCUCUUGCUUUUGGCUUUAUCGUUUCAAAGAGCAACCCCUCCGAAGAAACAAAAUCAAAUUUAAUUAUGUAAAUAAGCUGUGAGAAACUUACGAAGCUUUUGGUUGCCGGAUUGGUCGCUCGACUCUCACUUUCCUUUCAGCUUCCAAUUGAAGAAACAUCAAUCAGGUCUUCAUCUGUUUGAAAGAAACUAACAAAUCCAUAGAAGCAGCAUUGCAAAUGAGUGAGUGUUAUGAUCGAAUUAGCGAUUUACCGGACUCUGUUAUUCAUCACAUCCUUUCCUUCCUUCCAAUUAAAGAUGUUAUAAGAACCAGUUUUUUAUCAAGUAGGUGGAGAUACCUUUGGGCUUCUGUCCCAAGUCUAUAUUUUGAUGGAUUUGUAUUCUCUCCAAAGACCAAAUUUGUUAAAUUUGUGGACUCAGUGCUGCUUCGCCGAAACGGUUGGGGGAUACAGAAAUUUUGCCUCAGAUUCAGUGAUUACUAUUGUGAUACGUCUCAUGCCUAUACAUGGAUUUCUACUGCAGUGAGCCACAAUGUUCAGGAGCUCAGCGUCUACUAUUAUCCGAGAGAGCAUUUUGCACUUCCCAUUUGCCUUUUUGAGCUUCCGAUUUGCCUUUUUAGGUGCAAAUCCUUAAGGGUUUUGAAGUUGAACUUGUAUGAGUCUAUCCUCAACCUUCCUCCUUCCAUACAUUUGCCUUUCCUCAAUACCCUGCAUCUUAUUUCUGUUACAUUUUCAGACAACAAUCUGACCCGGAAACUCUUCUCUAACUGUCCGGUGCUUAAGGAAGUUAUUCUUGAAGAUUGUGCAGUUCGGGAUCUUUCAGUUCUUCACAUUUCAUCUCUAUCCAUUGAGAGAUUGACUAUAGAUGGUCUUCCAAGGGAUGUGGUAUUGUGUAGUGCUUCAUUUGACCAUGAAAUUAAGAUUUGUGCACCAAGGCUAUUGUCAAUUAAAUACAUAAACUAUAAGGGCCAAAACAUUUGUUUAGAGAAGGCAACAUCACUAGUUGAUGCAGCUAUAUACUUGAACAAUGAAUGGGAUGACAGAAACCAAAUAUGUUGCCGUCGUGUGAUUAAUUUUCUCAGAGAUCUUUCUAACGCAAAAGUUCUAAUGGUAUCUUCACAGAGAGCUCAGCUUCUCUCUGCGGCUUCCAAUAUAUUAGGAUCAUUUCCUAAAUUCUUCCAUCUAAACCAUUUGAAGUUGGCAGUUGCUGUUACAAGUGACAAUAUUCGACUAAUAACUCGUUUUCUCAACAGUGCACCGGACCUAGAGUUCCUUACUAUAGACAUUGUUCGUCUGCGCUGGUCCAACAGGGAAGAGGAUUCUGAACCGCAAAAUGCACCUUUUGCAUGUGUUAUUAAUCACCUCAAGGAUAUCAAGAUAACAGGCUUUGGGGGAACCAAGGAUGAACUUGUGCUAGUUAAGUGUUUGCUUGAGAAUGCAACAGUCCUUGAGAGGAUGACUAUAGUGCCCUCCAAGCAGUUAUUGAAAAACUCUGAGCUGAGAAUGAAGAUAAGCCAGGAGAUACAGAUGUAUCCAAGUGCCUCAACAAGUAGUGUUAUUAUGUUCUCUUAGAAAUUUUGGUUAGGUAAUACGGAGCUACACACACGAUCUAGUCCAGUUAAAACCAAAGUUGUUUUAUUGGAUUGGCAUUCUGAGGCAAAGUCGGCAUUUCUCACUUUUGAUUUGAGGACUCGAGAUGAAAAUGAAGACUGACGACUGGACAUCCAUGAGUAGUCCUUCUUCAAAGUCACAAUGAUUAAGGAGAUGGUGCCCAAGGAUCUAUAAGUCCUCACGUUGGGCUAUCCACUUUCGAUGUGGAAUUAUUACUUCCGUCAUCCAAGUGGAACUCUAAAAAUCACCACCUCCAUGUGGGAGCUUGAAAUUGUCUCCUACAUAAUCACAAUUAUGCCUCUCAUACAUGUAAUGGAUCUAAACCAAUUCCAAUUGCAAAUACAAGUUCAAUUAUAUUA